AUGAUUAAAUUUUCUUUUUUUCAUUUGAGAAAUCCCUUUAUUCAUCGAAUAAAUUUCUCAAGUUCCACAGCUAAAGCCAAACAACAAGUGUUAACAAAAUAAUAAGAGUAAUUUGUUAAUGAACUUAAAAAUACUUAUAAGUCAUUAGCCGAUAAUUUAUAAAGUGAGGAAUCUGUGCUAAAUUUAUUUAAGAAGGAUUCAGAAGAAGAAAAGUCAGAGUAAAAAGGGUCUCCAAAUGAAAAAGCUGUAAUUGCUUAAUAUAUGAAUAUUCUAAACUACAGUUUUGCUUAGUACUAUUAAAGUUUAAGUCCAGAGGAGUAAUUAAAAAGAAGUAAGGAAAUAAUAAAGUCUGAUGCAUUAAAAAAAGAUUGGGACACAUUUCUGAAGGAAAAUAGAGAUUAUUAAGAUUAUUCACUUUUCGAUAAAAAUCUUCUUGCAAUUAAAUAUAGUCAUAAAGACUCUGAUCCUCGUGAUGCUAAAUAUAAAAACAAUUUGAAUUUUUAUGGUGAUUUGGAUGAAAAUGUUUAUGAAAGACAACAGAAGGAAAAUAUAUAUAGUUUCAUAUAUCAAAAUCCUGAAAAUAAAAAAGUAGCUAGGAAAAUGCCAGAAAGGAGAAAAAUAAGGCUUGCAUUUAGGUAUCGAAGAGCUAGAAGAGCUGCUAGAGCCAGGGAAUUAAUUUCUAGGAAAGUAAAGGAUAAUUAAAAAUGGUUAUUAAAUCGAAAAAACUUUUCUAAAAAAAGACGUAGAAGAGUUAUUGCUCCUAAAUUAUCAUUCAGAGCAAAAUUUCAAUUGUUUGGAUUAUUUAAUGAGGGUUGGACAGUUAGAGAUUUAUCUAUUAAAUAUGGAAUUAUGCCAUAUAGAGUAAAGGCAAUAAUCUACUAAAAAAGAUACUUUUUUGAUGAAGUCUUUCCUCAUCUUCCUUUUGAAUAUGUAAGGGAUUUGAUUGCAAUUGAAUUAUAUUUUGAAAAAUAAUUUGGAGCAGUAGAUUACGGUGUUGAUUUAUAGUAAAUGAGAAAGGUUGAGUCAGGAUAUUUGUAGACAAAUUUCAAGACUCCUGAUAGGAAUGUUGAUAUAGCAAAAUUAUCAGAGAAAGAAUAAGAAAGAAUAAAGAAAUUAUUUGAAGAAAAGAAAUCAAAGAAAUACGAUAUUGUAACAGAAAACUUUUAAGGAUAAGGAAAUAAGGGUUAUUAUUUGAAAUCUUGGAUCAUGCAUAAAACACGUUCUAGACAUAGUGUCAAUAGAAUAUUUGAAAGAAUAAUUAAGGAUAGUGAUAAGCCUUACAAAUUGCCAGUGACAGCAUAAGCCAGAUUAAAAGAAGGUCCUCGUAUUGCAAGCACUCAUUUUGGUCAAAAGUGA